AUCCGCGUAUUUCAUCUCUUGAGCAUUUAGUUUGUGUUUAACAAAACAAGAAUGCAGAACUUCCUUUUAGUUUCCUUGGCUUUAGCUGCCUUAAUGCUAUGUGCCGAAGCAAAGCCGUACGAUUUUCCGCUUUAUCAGGACUUAAUUCAGGGCGUUAUUCAGCGCGAAAGUCAAGCUGAGAGGGAGAAGAGAAGCCCCAAUGAGGACUAUGAGAAGCAAUUUGGGGAUAUUGUUGAUCAAAUUAAGGAAAUUAGUUUCAAUGUCAUGAAAAUGCCCCAUUUUGGAAGCUCUGAUGAUAAUCGUGAUGAUAGCGAAUACGUUGAUCAUCAUUAUGGUGACGAAGAUGAUCGUGAUUAUGAUCAUUACUAAAUUCUACAUGCUCCUGCUGAAUGACUUGAAGGAAUCAUUUUUUUUGCAAAAAUAUCCAUCAAAUUAUUGAAUUAAUAAAGUUUUAAAAAAUUA